AUGCAAGUUACUCUUCCCGACGGAAAGUCCUACGACCAGCCCACCAAGCUCUUCAUCAACAACGAGUGGGUCGAUGGUCACGGCGGCUCAAUUGAGUCUGUCAACCCCGCCACCGAGCAGGUCAUCUGCUCCGUUGAGGCCGCUGACGAGAGUGAUGUCGACAAGGCUGUUCAGGCCGCUCGAAACUGCUACGAGAACGUCUGGCGAAAGGUCACCGGUGCCGAGCGAGCACAGCUCAUGCGCAAGCUUGCCGACCUUGUCGAGAAGAACAAGGACCUGCUCACCUCCAUUGAGGCUGCCGACUCUGGAAAGCCCAAGUACGGCAACUGUGACGGAGACGUGGACGAGCUCAUCUACGUCCUGCGAUACUACUCCGGCCUGGCUGAGAAGGCUGGCAAUGGAGUCACCAUUUCUACCUCCAACGAAAAGUUUGCCUACACCAUCCACGAGCCUUACGGAGUCUGUGGCCAGAUCAUCCCCUGGAACUACCCCAUUGCUAUGGCUGCCUGGAAGCUAGGUCCCUGUCUCGCUGCCGGUAACGUGCUGGUCAUGAAGCUUUCCGAAUACACCCCUCUGUCCAUGCUGGUCAUCUGCAACCUGGUCAAGGAGGCUGGUUUCCCCCCUGGCGUGGUGAACGUGGUUAACGGCUACGGCGCCAAGGCCGGCAACCGACUGGCUGAGCACCCCGACGUUGACAAGAUUGCCUUCACCGGUUCUACCGCUACCGGUCGAUCUGUCAUGAAGGCUGCUACCGGAAACAUGAAGGCCGUGACCAUGGAGCUUGGAGGAAAGUCUCCUCUGCUCAUUUUCGACGACUGCGAUCUCGCCAAGGCCAUCGAGUGGGCCCACAUUGGCAUCAUGUACAACAUGGGCCAGGUGUGUUCCGCCACCUCUCGAAUCCUGGUGCAAGAAGGCAUUGCCGACAAGUUCGUCGAGGGUUUCAUCAAGCAGUGUAAUGAGGCCUCCAUUCUGGGUUGUCCUUUGGACCAGAAGACCUCUCACGGUCCUCAGGUCAACAAGAUCCAGUAUGAGAAGGUGCUCGGAUACAUUGAGAAGGGUAAGGCUGAGGGAGCCAAGUGCAUUCUGGGAGGUGAGGCUGCCCCCCAAAACGGCAAGGGCUAUUUCAUUAAGCCCACCGCCUUCACCAACGUCAACAAGGACAUGACCAUCUGGAAGGAGGAGAUUUUCGGCCCUGUCGUGGUAAUUGACACCUUCAAGACCGAGGAGGAGGCCAUUGCCAAGGCCAACGAUACUCCGUACGGUCUGGCUGCCGCUCUGUUUACCGAGAACAUUCGGCGAGCCCACCGGGUUGUCAAGGAGCUGCGAGCUGGUCAGGUCUGGGUCAACUCUGAUAACGACUCCGAUCCUCGAGUUCCCUUUGGUGGUGUCAAGCAGAGUGGUAUUGGUCGAGAGCUUGGUGAGUAUGGUCUUUCUAUUUACACCCAGGCCAAGGCCGUCCACAUUAACCUGGAUUAG